AAGCAAUCUGGCAACCCGGUGAGGAAGGAGAAAACAGCAAAGGCACCAAGAAAGGAAGAAACGACAUAGAGACUUUACUUCAACUUAGCCUAGUGAAAUUACUAGCAGUUUAUAGAAACGUUAUAAAUGAAUAGGAAAGCUAUAUAAGCUCUGGUUCACACAUAAUAACAUAUCCCUGCUGUACAAUUCGACUGAAACAGAUUUACACAUAUUAGCUAAGCAAUUUAGCCAGAGAGCAUAGAAGUUAGCGUUUUAGCUAACACAUCAUUCCUGUCUGCCUGAAUUUAAAGUCGUUUAAAUUCGUAAUAGAGAAGUCAACAAAGCUGGAUUGUAUUCCGAUGGCUCCAGAAAUGACGAGGUUAAAUGCGUUGUGAUUUGCAAUUCCCACUCACAUGGAAGGAUAGAAACCCUUGGCUAUCACCUCCCAUGCCGUGGAAACGUCAGGAUGAAGAAGACGUUUAGCCUUAAGACAUUCAGAAAAUCGUUCAACAUCAAGGGCAAAGAGGAUGGAGAUUUUGUGAUGCUCCAAAAGCCGUCGUUGGCCCCCGAGUUCGCAAAAGACGACUCUCUAUUUGGAAGUUGUUAUGCCAAAGAGCUAGCUUGUGACCUCCAUAGUGAGGACACAAGGGCACACAAGAACAGAUCCAAGACCGAAGGUCUUAUGGGGUCCUUAAAAAGGAGACUUUCUUCCAAGCAGAAACCUAAAAGUAAAGGAGGGUCUGCAUCAGUGGGCUUGGGAGAUGAUGAUGACACGUUCUCGUCCUCUUCAGUCCCCAUAAGCUUUAAUGAAGCCAAAGCCCAACGUCCUUUAAGAUCAGCUUCUCUGCGGAGUCAUCACUACAGCCCUUCCCCGUGGCCCAUAAGAGCCGUUGACCCUGAGGAAGCCUGCAUUAAGAUGGAGGUGAAGGUAAAAGCCAUGGUUCACACACCUAGCUCCAGUCCGUCCCUUAACGGCAUGAGAAAAGAAUUCCAUGAUAUCCAAAUGGAGGGGCUUUUUGAUGAUCACAGUGCAUCUAUGAAGAAUUUAGAGCCUCCAAACAGUGACUUGCAUUUAAACAUGGAAGAACACGUGCCUGUAGUUAUUGGACUUACGCCUCAGGACUACAUCCAGUACACCAUGCCUUUAGAUGAGGGAAUGUACCCCGAAUCGUCCCCUUCGUUGUGCUUGGAUGGCACCUCACCAACAGAGGUGAUGGAUCAAGUCAAUGACGAAUUGUUGAACGCGGAUCAAGGCCACGUUGAACACGCUCUUUUACCAUCGGAUAUUCUCAUGGACCAUUCCGUGACCGGAAUUGUUCUUGGUACUCCGGGAAUAGUUCUUCAAAAUUCAGGAUCCGAGGCUCCUUCACUUUCGCCUUCACUUUCCCCUGUUUCUGGUGGCGAAACUCCAAGAACAUAUUCUGGAUUUGGUGGUGCCGAUUCACAAGUCGCUGAAAGAAUGAGGCACCAUCUCAAUUUUGACCCAAAUUUUGCCCCUGGUGUCAGCAGGGUAUACGAUUCAGUACAAAGCAGUGGACCAAUGGUUGUCACAAGCCUUACAGAAGAGCUGAAGAAAUUGGCCAAGCAGGGUUGGUAUUGGGGACCUAUAACACGAUGGGAAGCUGAGGACAAACUCAUUGACCUUCCGGACGGUUCUUUUUUGGUACGCGAUAGCUCAGAUGACCGAUAUCUUCUCAGUUUGAGCUUUCGAUCGCAAAGCAAGACUCUUCAUACCAGGAUCGAGCAUUCAAACGGAAGGUUUAGCUUUUACGAACAGCCUGAUGUAGAAGGUCACACGUCCAUCGUCGACCUCAUCGAGCUCUCCAUUAAAGACUCUGAAAACGGCGCAUUCUGUUACUCCAGAUCACGGCAGCCAGGAUCUGCAACGUAUCCGGUCCGACUGACCAAUCCCUUAUCUCGUUUCAUGCAAGUGCGUUCGCUGCAGUACUUGUGUCGUUUCGUUAUUCGACAGUACACACGGAUUGACCUGAUACAGAAACUACCUUUACCAAACAAAAUGAAAGAUUAUUUGCAGGAAAAGCACUACUGAACUGGGACACAGUAGUAAAAUUGCACUUUUGGAUCAAGUUGAUGUAAAAUGGUUUACAGACAUUUUGUGGAGUGAUUCCGUUAGGUUUGUUUUGUAUCAAAAGCAUUAGUUUAUUUCAUCUUGGUCAAUUUGUUGUUGCUCAGAUUCACUCUAAAGGUACACUUUCGUUAUGGAUCUAUUGGGGAACCUGACAGUCGAAGUCUAGUCAAAAAUGUUUGACGAACAGUAGUCACUAAUUCAGCGAUUUAAACAGCGAUUGCUGUUAUAACACGUAUGACAUAACUAAAGUUCCAUAUAUUCUAGUCUAUUAAAGGAAAAAUCCAUCCUGACACUCAUUGCAUACGCUAAUAUUUAAAUAUUUAUGAUUUGUCCCACACUUCUAGUCCAAAUGAUUUGAUUGAUGCUGUAUUUAUAGGUUUGUACUGUGAAAGUAAAGGUACUUACAGAUGUUUAAUAGGGUAACAGGGACAGCAGUCAGACAAGAGUCUCUUCUCACGCACUAGUUUAUUUUCUCCCUCUUAGUGAACAAAGACCACUGAAAGUUUAAACAAAGAAAGAAUUUCAUUACAGGAUAAAUCUUAGACAUUGCAGAAGACAAUGUUACUUAUAACGAUGAUUUUUCUUUAAAGGGAGGGUGAUGAUAAAGUCAAAAUAAGCUCAAGAAUCAGGAAAUGUUAGACAUGACAGACUGAUGUCAGGCUAUUAACCAGGCUUUAAAUCCAUGUGUAAUUAUUUAAUUGGCAUUCAUGUCACACUACUUGCUCCAGGUCUGGUAAUACAUAUCAGUGCAAGGGCGAGAGGAUUGAUUAGUGCAUUAACAAAUACAUCAAUCUAUUUUAAUUAAAACAGCCUCGCCGAUGCUUAGCUUUAUUUUUUUGAUGUGCUGGUUUUUUUUAAAUAUCCCUCCCCUAAUUUCACGUGAAAUGACCAUUUUUAAGUUGGCGUCGGUACUUUCAUUUAGCUGAAUCAAGCAGAUUAAUUAAAUAGCUGUCCAAACGUAAUACCUUGAAUUCAAUCAGUGGCGGACAAAUAGCUUGUAUUUAAAAUUCAGCUUUUGUAGUGAAAUGCGAAUUCAGGCAAUAAUUUGCUUCCCUUAUAGAUAUUUGAUUAAAGUGUGUGUGAGGAUGAUAUGUUCCUUGCUCCUGCUUAAAUAGUUUGUAACCGACUAAAAGGUUUCUUGUGAAAUAGAAAUGAACACGGUGCGUUUUGCCUUCAAAAGCAUGCGAUUAAGCUCUGCAACUGAAGUCACCUUUUCCGUUUAUCAUGCUUUUAUAUUCGCUUUCCCAUUAUUGUUCAGUUUAUUAUUUAAGAACCAAGGCCAGAUGGUCUUCUGUCAUCUCAAUUUGUUUUGUUACCUUGUUCAGGACUAACAAUAAUAAAGCCGAUAAUAACACAUCUUCACCGGCAGCUACGGACAAAUGUUUGUAAACGGCUAUAUUUAGCGUCUGAUUUCGUUACAUCUGAUUAUUUACGCAGAAAUAAUCGAGACUGCACCUGAUGCCCAGGUUCCUCGAUUAGCACCUUCAUACACUUUACCAAAUCUCUGCAACAACAAAUUAACAUUUUCUACCACUGCAAAUGCACAUUUGUAUUAGGCAUGCACAGAUAAUCGGUUAUAUACUACAGCAAGAUAUAACUCAUCCUAACUCAUCUUCUUUUAUCAUGGGACAAAAUAUCAUUAAUAACCCUGCGUCACAUUCAGGUGGAGGCUGCCUUGGGAGUCUGAAUAAAGUCUGCCUUGACGGAUUUGAGAGCAAGCCUGCGAUUCUGUUCUCAAGAUAUUAGAUAAAGAUGGCAAGCAGAACUGUAGCUCAGCCUUUAUCUUUAAAAUCACAUAACCAGUCAGCUAUGACAUCAGCACAUGCCUUAACAAAUUGUCACAUAUCCAACAUGCAGGUCAAACAAACAUGCCAAGGAUCUUGUCGUGUUUAAAGGGAACAGAAGAAGAAUGCUGUUGUUUUUUUAUGUGUGAUUUUUUGUGCUUCCUACAGUAUUUCAUCAAAUUGUUUUAUCACUAUCAACGUCGUGCGUUAACGUCUCUCGGUUUUUCCCCGAACGUUAUGGACCUGAUAUAAAGAGCAGUUGCUGAAUGGUAACUUAAUAGACGAAUUACUUUUGUUGGGAGAAACAAUUCUGAAUCCUGGGUGAGUGAUGUCAUUCACGAGCACAGCUUUAUAAGAUGUGUUACUACAAUAAAGUCAAAUAAAGUCUGACUGAAGUUCUUUCACAUGAACUGAUUAAUGAA